GAGAGAGAGAGAGAGAGGACGGGGGAGGGGAGAUUUAAACCCUGCCGCACGCUCGACGACAUUGAAGAGGAGGAGAGCGAAGCCCCGGUCAGCCGCCAUGUCCGGGAUCCACCGCUUGGGCGCCCUCGCAGCACGAUCCCUCGCCCGGCGGGCGUUCUCUCCGCCUCCUAUGCAUCGCCGGUCCUUCGGCGCCGCGGCGCUGGCGGAGGUGGAGUACUGGACGGAGUGGGAGGAGGAGGAGCAUGGCAGGUACGCGGCCGCAGCGGCCACGGACGCUUGCGGGGAGAGGGAGCCGAGAAGGGUGCAGUGGGUGUUCAUGGGGAGCCCCGGGGUGCAGAGGCAUGUGUACGCCACGCGCGUGGCGGAGCUCCUCGACGUUCCCUACAUCUCGAUGGGCUCCCUCGUUCGCCAGGAGCUGAACCCCAACUCCUCCCUCUACAAGAAAAUUGCGAAUGUUGUGAACGAAGGGAGGUUGGUGCCAGAGGAAAUCAUAUUUGGGUUGUUGUCGAAAAGGCUCGAGGAAGGAUACCAGAGAGGUGAAAUUGGAUUCAUUCUUGAUGGAAUCCCACGUACGAGGAUCCAAGCUGAGAUCCUCGAUCAAAUAGCAAAUAUAGAUUUGGUAGUGAACUUACAAUGCCGAGAUGACUGCUUGGUGAAGAAACACUUUGGUGCUGAUAUUUGUUCACACUGUGGGAAGACAUUUGAUUCUAGCAAUUCAGAGUCAACAAGCCUUAAUCUCUGUUUGGCUACACGAACACGACAUGCACAACUAAAAUCAUCUGCUGCAGUGGAUAUGAAGGAUUCCUGCAUGGAGAAAUUCCGUGUCUAUUCUGAGCAGAUCAAGCAGUUGGAGGAAUACUAUAUGAAGCAGAAGAAGCUUUUGGAUGUCCAAGUGACCGGUGGCCCAGGUGAAACCUGGCAGGGGCUUUUAGCGGCGCUACAUCUCCAGCACAUGGACACUGCUACUUCACAGAAGCUCACAGUGUAGGUUUUUUUGGCCAUUCUGGAAUUCAUUGGUACAAACGAAAAGAUCUGAGCAAUUCCCUCUGCCAGCCCAAACAAACUCUCUAGUUUUCCUUAUUACCUACCAUAUACGUAAUCAGUUUUGUAGAUGCAUGUUUGUAAUGUGAGACCUCUUAAGAGGAAAUAUGUAGUCUCCCUUUCGAGCAGUUGCUGCUGCUUAUGUUUUGUUGAUGGAUGCGGAAUCAUCCAUAUCGGUGUUAUACUGCGGCUAUGACCAUAUUAUUUGAGAGCUAAUAAGCUGUUCCUUUCUGCCC